GAGUUGAUGCUCCCUCUUUCCCCACUUCUCUCUUUUCACGGUUCUGACGUCAGCAACCUGCAAUUGAACGAAUGAACUAACGGACGACCGAGCCCCUACCGGAGCUACCGGGAGGCAGUAGAGUUACAGAGCGAGUCCCCGCCGCCAGCCUCGGAGGAGCUACACGGAGGAAAGUACGCUGUGCGCCGCCGUGAGAAGCAGUGCUGGAAUCAAACGAUGCGAGCCGCAGCCGAGUAACACAGAGCCUACUGUCGACGAGCGGAGAAAACCGUUACCGUGAUUUACCGACACUUACACCGAAGAGAUACGGAGGACGAGCGGACGGACAGCCCACCACCGAGACCCCGUUUGAGAAACUGCGGUGGCUACAACGAGUUGUGUUCGCGCCGUGGAUCAAAGUGAUUUAAAUGCUUUAACGGAGCCGUACCCCUAGCUUGAGAGCGAUCGAGAGGGAGCUGCCCAGAGAGCGAGAGGAAGAGGGAUCGAAGACACCGCGCAGAAAAGGAGGAAAUCAACCAAGAAAAUAAAAAACGGAUUUGCAAACAGCGUUGUUUCCGCGCACACGCUUCGUUCAAUCUUUCAUUGCUUUAAUUUUCUCUGGAUCAAGGUUUCGGUUACGCUUUCAAGCUGUGUUCUCUAACCAUGGGAUGUACUCUGAGCGCAGAGGAAAGGGCGGCUCUGGAUCGGAGCAAAGCCAUCGAGAAAAACCUGAAGGAGGACGGAGUCACCAUGGCCAAAGAUGUCAAACUGCUGCUGCUCGGGGCUGGAGAGUCAGGGAAAAGCACCAUCGUCAAACAGAUGAAGAUCAUCCAUGAGGACGGUUUCUCUGGUGAUGACGUAAAGCAGUACAAGCCUGUCGUUUACAGCAACACCAUCCAAUCUCUGGCAGCCAUCGUCCGUGCCAUGGAUACACUGGGCCUGGAGUACGGAGACAAAGAGCGGAAGGCGGAUGCUAAGAUGGUGUGUGACGUGGUCACUCGUAUGGAGGAUACAGAGCCUUACUCCGCCGAACUGCUCGGCGCCAUGAUGCGCCUGUGGUCCGACUCAGGCAACCAGGAGUGUUUCAGCCGCGCCCGCGAGUACCAGCUCAACGACUCAGCGCAGUACUACUUAGACAGCCUAGAUCGGAUUGGUGCACCAGACUACCAGCCCACAGAGCAGGACAUCCUGAGGACCCGAGUGAAGACCACAGGCAUUGUCGAGACACACUUUACCUUCAAAAAUCUCCACUUCAGGCUGUUUGAUGUGGGAGGUCAGAGAUCGGAGAGGAAGAAGUGGAUCCACUGUUUUGAGGACGUCACUGCUAUUAUUUUCUGCGUGGCGCUCAGCGGAUAUGACCAGGUGCUGCACGAGGACGAGACCACGAACCGCAUGCACGAGUCUCUGAAGCUCUUUGAUUCCAUCUGCAACAACAAGUGGUUUAACGAAACCUCCAUCAUCCUCUUCCUCAACAAGAAGGAUCUCUUCGAAAGCAAGAUCAGAAAGUCACCACUGUCCAUCUGCUUCCCCGAGUACUCUGGUCCAGACACUUACUUGGAGGGAAUAGACUACAUCAAGUGUCAGUACGAGAGCAAGAACAAGUCGCCCAGCAAAGAGGUGUAUGCCCAUGUGACCUGCGCUACAGACACCAACAACAUCCAGUUUGUCUUUGAUGCUGUCACUGAUGUCAUCAUAGCUAAUAACCUUCGGGGGUGUGGCUUGUACUGAUAAUUCAGGAAAAUGUCAGCCAAUUGAUGCAGGAUGCUUGUUUACCAGUUUGUACCACAUAGGAUGGCCCUUAUUUGUCAUUUCAUGAUAUGAUAGGUAGUGCUUUCCCAAAAGGCUGGCUAUUGGUCCAACUUGACUCUUAAACAAUGAAUUGGUUGGUUGAGACUUCUUUAAAUGUAUUUGCCUUUUUUACCUAGAAAGGAACUGCAGUAACUGUGCAGAACUCCUUCAGUCAUUUCUACAGGGAUACACCGUUCCCAUCUGAGACUUGCUUGUACAUACAGUAGUGCCUUACUCAAAGAACUAGAUUGAUUGCUAGUUAACUGCAGCCAACAUUACAGGUUAACUAGCAGUGCAACCAGCUGUUAUCAGUCCUCUACCACAAUGUAUUUUCCAUACAUUUUCAUUUAAACGCCUUUGCAUGGGACUUGUGCCUUAGUCACAUGGAGGGCAGAUGUAAAACUGUACUUAAUCAGGUCAAGUUGAAUUAAAACUCAGUUUAUGUUUGAAAGAUGCUCUUAGGAUUAUUAUUGAAUGCAAUAUUUAACUCUGGACACGGGUAUGUCCAGCCUACCAAGAAGAAAUUCAAAGCAAGAAAAACUGAAUUUCUGUAGGUGUUGUGCAAAGUAGCUUGUGUGUGAGCCUGCUGCAUUAUUUGGCAUGGAUUGUGUUAUUUGUUUUCUUUUGUUAUUGGGAUGAGAUGCACGUUGUCUGACUGUAUUUGUUGCACUUAGCUGUGCUCUGUUAACUAUGGAGCUCCAAAAUAAUCAUCAAAGUACUCAAAAAGAUAGAACAGCAUACAUUGUAGAAUUGUUAGAUGAAGUCAAACUUAAUUAAUUAUGUCAGGUGAAUAUGAAAUUCACAAUAAAACAUGUUUUUUUUAUAUUAUAGCCUUUGCUGAGCCUGCUAACAGGCUUGGAUUGUCACUGAAAGACAAAUACACUUUCAAAAUAGAGAAAUGUCCAAAAUAAGAAUGAUAAAAACACAUUAUAAUAACUUUACUUAAAGGUGGGGUGGGUAAUUUUGGAGAAACCAGCUCGAGUGCGCUAGAAUUUGAAAAUACACAGCCGGAAAAAAUCUGCUACUUCCUUACAGAGCCCCUCCUCCAACACACACGAACGCGCACAUGACCAAUGAGGGCACGAGAUAAGUUUGUGCACAGAUGGAAGGCUGACAGGCAGGUAGGCCAUCCAGUUACUUUAGCCGGGCCGGCUCAGAUGAUUGGUCGUGCUUUUUACAGUACUACGGGUUCCACAGAUGAUGAUUUUUUGAUGGAUUUAUUGUCAAAGCAUUUAAUAUAUUCAUUGCUAUCGGGAUGUUAAGAGCAUUCCAUGGAAUAUAACAAAAAGUGUUUCUGAAAUAAAUUACAUACCCCACCUUUAAAUAAAGUAUUUCUAGAUUUUUUUCAAAUUGUUAUUAGAUGUUCUGUAUUCUCUCAUAGCCGUAUGCAUUUUAUCACAAUAAGUCUAAUUUCGUAUUCAUUGGUUUAAUAUUGUCCAUCAUGUAGUUGCUUAUCAAACAGCUUGCUUUGUGCCUCAACAAGUAUACAAAAUGGAUAAGUGUCCAUCUCGUCCUGUCCUUAGAGAAGCAAACAUGCUCUUUUCAGCAUCGAUUCGUCAGCAGCAAAGCCUCACUCAAAACCUGUGGGAGGAGAGGGAUUGUCAGAGUAGAUCAUUCGGAAAGUGUAUUAUUAAUCCACAUAUUAAACAAGGCUGUUGUCUGAAUAUGCCCGCUUUAUUUCCAAUUUGACUAUGAUUGUUUUUCUACAACCUCAAUCUCAUGCAAUUAGAAUAAUUUCAAAGACGCUUCAUAUAAGUUUAGGAUUUAAGAAAUAUGAUAACACAUUUAGAAAAAGCUCAAAUAUAGUUUUGUUAUAUGUUGUAGAGAUGUUUCAUUUAGGCAUAGACAUUGUCUGUUGUGUCAUUUAUUGUCUGUUGUGUCAUUUGUUGAAAGCUAUGCAGCAUCAGUAUUGGUUUGAGCAAUGGUUGCUUCUCAUUUUAUUGAAAAGUACAGCAGAACUGAAGGGUUUUUCCAUGUCGCAAAGGAAUCGCGUGAUUAGUGCCUUGGCCUUGAGUACAUUUUAGUUUGGUCAAUGGUCCCUAUAGAAGAUUGUAAUGGAGAUUGUAUUAUUAGUAGUUGUACUAAAUAGAGCCGCAUCAUUUCUUUUCUUAAACCUCUACCUUCAAUAUUUAGUUUGUAUUGGAAAUUGUAGCGAGGAAGUUGCUCUUUAUUCGUCCCUCCUUUUUCCUCCCAGUGGACGUCACCUCUAGUCGUAUUUAAGGAUUGAUUUUCCCAAGCCCUCAUAGCGUAUAAGGGACUUGUAUAAAAUCACUUUAAAUGAAGCGCUACCAGAAGAGAUGUUCUGACUGCACUGAUGCACAGUGCAUUAUCACAAUUGUCCACCUCUCUCUCUCUCAAGGUGAGCUUUGAGAGAUUGUGUGCUGGUGAGUACAUGUCAUCCUCUGGGACUUGAAUGUCGACCUUGUGACUAUUGUUUUAACCCCAAUUUGUGCUCGAUAGCAGUAAGUAAAGUUGUCCUAAAGCUGCUGUAUGGUUGAACUGUGGUUUAGAUACCAUGAAAAGUGUUGUGUGGGAACUGUCCAAGUGUGAGCAUUGACAUUAAAGCCAAAGAGAUACAUUAAAUACCAGGUAAAUAUCAUGAGCAACAGUUUACAUAUACUGUAGGAACUGAGCUUUGUUUGUCCUCAGGACUUUGUUGUAUAGACUGAGCUGAGUGUGUUUACAGCUUUGCUGUUAUGAGUGCUCUCUGCUUCUUUAAUUAUUUAUGAGCAGGGCAUUUGUUUCAUACCACUUUCCCCCCACACUCAUACAGCAAGGCCAUUUCUGCCUCUGCUCAAGAACGCAAUUUAUUUUUCAACGAAGAUUACGUCACCGACCCCUCCUACCACAUCUGUGACAACAAUUACAGCUGUGUGUGUGUGUGUGUGUGUGUGUGUGUGUGUGUGUGUGUGUGUGUGUGUGUGUGUGUGUGUGUGUGGUGUGUGUGUGUGUGUGUGUGUGUGUGUGUGUGUGUGUGUGUGUGUGUGUGUGUGUGUGUGUGUGUGUGUGUGUGUGUGUGUGUGUGUGUGUGUGUGUGUGUGUGUGUGUGUGUGUGUGUGUGUGAACAUCAGCCCAUGGGAGGUUGUGGCGGAGACAGUAUAUGUGGAUUAAUUACCCAGAAGGCACCGGUCUACCCUUUCCACACGUAGGCUCUCAUCACGCACAUAUACACUGAAGGCACUAACACACCCAGGGGACUUAAAAAUACAAAAAGAGACCCCCAUAUCCAACCAGAAAGCCUCGGAUGUUUUUUGGUUCUUAUGCCAAACAUAAAGCCGGCCGCUGCUGCUGCAGGCUUUUUACAUUGUAAUCUUCUCUUCUGAAAUGAAUUAUAUAAUGAGAAAUCAUCUUUGUGCAGAAAUACAACUUGAAAUAUGCAUAAAACAUCAUAAUGGUUUGUCCUGAAAAGAUGCAAAUAAGAUCACCUAAAAGCAGUCUCUGAAUGCACUUCUUAACUUCACUUUCCACUAAUGGGAAUGUCCAUACUGUAGAAGAAUAUUUCCCAUUGACAUGCUGAGCCUUUCUGCUUUCAUUUCAAGGUUAUUUUGAAUGCAGUAUACUGCAAAGAAAAAACAAACUGUUGUCACUAUUUUAACGUUUGCACUAUAGUAGAACCUGAACCAAUAGAACCACUAAAUUACAUUACACAAAUUAUCUGUCCCAAAUGCCCUGCCACUGAAUCAUUUUGUUGAUCAUCAUCCUCACUUAAUGCAGGGCAGGUUACGGUGUGGAAAGCUUUUAUUUGUCUACAUUCAUGUGCUUAUUUUUCUGCAUGAAAGAGCAGCCAGCAGUCGACAUGAGCUGUGGAACAAUGUGCUGGUGAAUUUUGUAUCCACAGUAGGUUAGCAAGCUCCAAUUCACAUGCAGCUGAAAGGAUAUGCCUACAUUUGUUUUUGCCCUCGUGGUAGCAAUGUCUGCGUACUGUUGGAGCUUUGUCUCCUCUAGCUUCUUUCAUGCCUCUGGCAGCGCAGAGAACAGGACGAAUCCACGUUUCUGCUCCAGCAGCAAAUUAAAUGCAUUUUAAAUUGAUUUUAAAGGAGCAUUACUAUUUCUUGCAUACUUAAAUAAUGUCAGCAUACCUUAUUAAAUUGAGUAACUUUUUGGGUAGAAUUUCAGAAUGUGUACACUGUUAAAGUCACCUAAUAAACAAUUGAGAAGUGAUUAAAAAAAAAGAAGAUGUGUUUUUAUUCAAAUGCCUUAACUCAGCCCCUGUGAGAUCCUCCCCUAAUUGUGUCAAUUUCAAUUGGAAUUUCUUGAUUUUUUUGGUUAUAAUUGCUGGUUUACUGGACCAAAAAAUGCCCACUGUUAUUAAAAUAAACCACAUCAAAUUAGAAAAUGGUAAAUCAAAUCAAGUUUUAUUUAUAUAGCACAUUUAUAAACGAUUUUUGGUCGAGCUAAAGUGCUGUACAUAUAAUAAAAAUAGCCUACAGUAGUCCUACUGUGUCCUACACGUGCCAACCUUAACACCUAAACCUCUCAAAUGAAUCCCAACAAGUGAAAUAUAACAUCAGAGCGAACCAGAGAGGAUAGUGGGUAAUUUAGUUUAUGUCCCUGCCAAUCCCAGCCAUAAAUGAAUGAUACACUCCUACUGUAUAAGCUGCAGCGAAAGAGAGAUUUGUAGGUAAUGUGGUCUGAAGUCAGGCUAGUCGGUGUACGGGUAACUGUAACAUAACACAAUCAGUGGCCUAUUCAUGUAACAAAGGUCCUUAUGUAUCUGGACAGCAGAUGGUGACACAUGCACCAUGUGCCAAUUCAAUGCCUCUGCAAUAUAAACAAUUUCUGAAAUCCCCAAAAAGUAGCCAAACCGUCUUGACUGAAAGCUGCAGGGCGCGUCCAUAAUGAACCUGUGUCGAAUAAAGGAGUCGGAGUAUGAGCUGCUGAAAGUCCUCACGUUUAGCUUCCCUUACUGCUGUCGCUUUUCUAACCUUCAGCCCUCCACUAUCCACUUUAUUUAACCCCUCUGUCCAUACCAACCAAUAUAUACUGUACAGGUCAAACAGCAAAAUCUACAAGCUUGUUUAUUGUGCGUGUGUGUUUGUAAGUGUGUGGGUGUGGUAUUGUAUUGAGCACUGUAAGUAAAAUAUAUCUGCUGUAUCUCGCUCACUGCUGUGAUAAUUUAUUGAACAUUGUAUUUAUACAUAAGACAAAUGACAAUAAAGCACCACAUAAGUA